AGGCUGUGAUAACGACAGAUGUCUCACAAACCGUGGGUUUAACAGGAGGGGUGAAAAGAGAAAAAAACGCCCAGUCGCAGAUUGGACCUCAGGGAGAGAGUAGGACUGGCUCGAACUGAAUCACAUUCACUACUACAGGAGAAAGGAAAGUACCUUCAACGCGCUCUUACGCACGGAUUUUCACAGAAGCAGAACAUGGGAGGCAAGCUAAGCAAACGGAAGAAGGGAUAUGAUGUCAGUGACCCUAAAGAGAAGAAAGAGGAGAGUGCUGUGGCAGCAGUUGAACCAGCUGAGAAGAAGGCAGAGACCCCUGUGACUGAGUCGGAGGCUGCACCGCAGGAGGCUGCUACGGUAAGUGCAGCAGCGCCAGUGGUGGAGUCUGAAGCACCAGCUGAGAAGCCCACCUCUCCUUCAGCAGCACAAGCAGAGGUGAAGAAGGAUGAUGCUGCUCCAGAAAAACCAGUGGCUACAAAAGAGGCAUCUACUGCUGCAUCUAAGGAACCAGAAAGUGCUCCAGAGAAACCAGCAGAUGUACCAGAGUCACAAGCAGCAGAGGUACCAGCAUCUGCAUCAGAGGCAACAGCAGUAGAGUCACCAGCUGCUACACAAGAGGCACCAGCAGCAGAGGUACCAGCAGCUGCAGUAGAAACACCAGCAGCGGCACCAGAGGUAUCUGCACCCAAGGAACCUGCAGAUGCACCAGAAGCAUCAGCAGCAGAGGACCCUUCAGCUGCAUUUGAGGAACCAGUGACAAAGGAACCUGCAGCUGCACCUGAGGAACCAGUGACAAAGGAAACUGCAGCUGCACCUGAGGAACCAGUGACAAAGGAACCUGCAGCUGCACCAGCAGCAGAGGUACCAGCAGCUGCAGUAGAAACACCAGCAGCGGCACCAGAGGUAUCUGCACCCAAGGAACCUGCAGAUGCACCAGAAGCAUCAGCACCAGAGGACCCUUCAGCUGCAUUUGAGGAACCAGUGACAAAGGAACCUGCAGCUGCACCUGAGGAACCAGUGACAAAGGAAACUGCAGCUGCACCUGAGGAACCAGUGACAAAGGAACCUGCAGCUGCACCUGAGGAACCAGUGAUAAAGGAACCUGAAGCUGCACCUCAGGAACCAGCAGCUCUACCAGAGGCACCAGUGACAGAGAAACCUACGGCUGUAACAGAAGAACCAGCCACUGCACCAGAGACACCAGUAACAGAGGAACCUGUAACACUAUCUAAGAAACCAGCAACUGUGCCUGAGGAGCAUGCAACUGCCCCAGAGGCUGAGGAUUCUGCAGCUGCACUCGAGGAACCUGCACCUGUGCUAGAAGAGCCUGUCUCGUCGCCUAAACUUGAAGCCUCACCAGUGGAACCUGUCACAGAGGAGGUGGUAGAGAAAGUGGUUGAGGAGGUUGCAAAUACCAGUCAAUUGUCCACUGAAAUUACAGAAACCAACGAUGUCAGGCCAGAAUCAGAGACUGUUACUAAGGCAGCAGCUCCAGAACCAGUCGCAGAGUCUGCCCCAGUGCCUGAACCUGUUUCCGAAGCAUUGAGUGUAGCAGAGGUCGAGAUAGCUGUGCCUUCCCCAGAGGAACCCACACCAGUCACAGAGCCUGAAUCUGAAACUGCUGCACCCCCUGAGGUUACACUAACACAAGCAAAUCCUGAGCCAUCCCCAGAGCCAACACAACCCGAACCUGUGGCAGAACAAAAGAGUGCAGAGGAGUCCAUUCCUGCAAUCGUCAUCUUAGAAUCAACCUCAACCAAUGAGCUCUGCCUUGAGGAACCUGCCUUGACUGUAACAGAUCUGAAGCUGAAUAAUGGAGACUGCGAGAGUGCUGGCUUAGCAGAGGAAUCUGUGUCGGCUUCCCCUGAGGUAAACGGGGAAUGCCAUGUGCAGGCACCAGACGUAGCCACUGCAGAUGUCCUUGAGUCCCCGGUUGAGGCAUGUGUAAAUGGUGUGAAGGACAAAGAACCCCCUCAAGAGCUAAGUGACUGUGAACUGAAAAAGGACUUGAGUUUGGUUGCUGACUUUCAGGCUCCAGCUCCGAUUGGCGACGUGGUAGAAGUGCCACAGUGAGUCGGCUGAGCUGUCGACUUAAUCUGAGAAACAAACCUUAAAUGUGAAUCCCAUAUUGAUGCAAACAAACAAAUGAAACAAUCGUCUGACAACACAGGCUUUCUGAAAAUAAAUGUGAAAAAUGCCUGUUGUGUUCUCUCAGGCAAAGGAAUUUCUGGUUAACCAAAAUGAAAUACAACCACCCAAGAGCUAAGAGUGCGAUAAACGAAGAAUGAAACAGUGAGGGUAAAAGCCUAAACGGAAAUGGGAGGGAAAGAAUGAGAGAGCGAGAGAGAAAGAGAGCGAAUGGUCUUUGAAGUCUUUGUGGCCGAUGUCCUGCUGUCAUUGCAGAGAGUGAUCUUACAGGCCUGGUUGAAUAUGUAAGCCAGAGAAAUGAUGAUUAGACAUGAGCAGAAUUUUUAAUUAUUGAGAUGGCAGAACAGAAAUGCUAGACAGUAACAAUAGUAAAAAUGAAUUGAAUGAACAGAAUCAUCUUUUGUGUGCGAGACUGAUCCAUACUGAAAUGGUUUAUUGGAUUAGCAUUUAAUAGUAUAUAAUCUAAUUUAGACCACAUUUCUGUCACCAUGUAAUACGGAGAUUUGAGGAUGAAGCAUUUUGAACUUUUCAUGUUGGGAGAAUCAGUGGGGAAUGUUCAUUUUAACUUAAUGGCUUGG